CUCAUCUUAACUCAAAUCCUUUCGUCCCAAAGGUCGGCGGGAAAGAAAAGAAGCCAACCCAGAUCUGCACACGCACCAAAGCUUGUUUUUCCCCAUCUCUGAGAUCAUCUCUCGUUCCCUGCCAGAAAGGUCCGGAGCUCCCUGGGAAUAAAUCUUUCUUUCCUCCUUACAUUCUUCCCCAGUCUUUUUUGAGGCACACACAAUCAAUACACACGCCCGACGUAUAACCUAUACACGAACAAAAUAGCAGACAUGUCCCAUCUUCCGAUCGAGCCGGAGUUCGAGCAGGCCUACAAAGAAUUGGCCUUCUCCCUCGAAAACUCCACCUUGUUCGAAAAGCACCCAGAGUACCGCAAGGCCCUCCAGGUCGCUUCCAUCCCCGAGCGUACCAUCCAAUUCCGCGUCACCUGGGAAAAUGACAAGGGAGAGCUCGAGGUCAAUCGGGGCUACCGGGUUCAGUUCAACUCUGCGUUGGGUCCGUAUAAGGGUGGUCUCCGCUUCCAUCCCACCGUGAACAUGUCCAUCCUCAAAUUCCUUGGUUUCGAGCAGAUCUUUAAGAACGCACUCACCGGAUUGAACAUGGGCGGUGGUAAAGGUGGCGCCGACUUUGACCCCAAGGGAAAGUCCGACAACGAGAUCCGGAAAUUCUGCAGUGCUUUCAUGAUGGAGCUGAGCAAGCACAUUGGCGCCGACAUCGACGUUCCGGCCGGUGAUAUCGGUGUCGGUGGCCGAGAGAUCGGCUUCCUGUUCGGUGCCUACAAGAGACAGAGACACAUCUGGGAGGGUGUCUUGACCGGAAAAGGUCUUAGCUGGGGUGGUUCCCUAAUCCGCCCCGAGGCCACCGGUUAUGGUCUCGUUUAUUAUGUGCAACACAUGAUCGAAUAUGCCACCAACGGCCAGGAAUCGUUCAAGGGAAAGCGUGUGGCCAUCUCCGGCUCCGGAAACGUCGCGCAGUACGCCGCCCUCAAGGUCAUCGAGUUCGGUGGAACCGUGAUCUCUCUCUCAGACAGCAAGGGUGCUCUCGUCAUCCGGAACGAAGGCGAUUCCAUCACUCCCCAAGAGAUCUAUGAGAUCCAGCAACUCAAAGACCAGCGUAAGCAGCUUUCCGCCCUUGCCGACGCCCCGCACUUCAAGGACCGAUGCGUGUACAUCGAAGGAGCCCGGCCCUGGUUGCACGUCGGCCAAGUGGAUGUGGCCCUCCCAUGCGCCACCCAGAACGAAGUGUCUGGACCCGAAGCUCUGGGGCUGAUCCAGAGCGGAUGCAAGUACAUCGCCGAAGGUUCCAACAUGGGCUGCACGCUCGCCGCCAUCGAGCACUUCGAAGCCCACCGCCAACUGCACAAGAAAGGCGGCGCCGUGUGGUACGCCCCCGGAAAGGCCGCCAAUGCCGGUGGUGUCGCCGUCAGCGGUCUCGAGAUGGCCCAGAACUCGCAGCGGCUAACCUGGACCGCCGAGGAAGUCGACCAGAAACUGAAGAACAUCAUGAAGGUGUGCUUCGAAACCGGUGUCAGGACCUCCGAAACCUACACCGCGCUGAGCGAGGGCCAGCUUCCAUCCUUGGUCAUCGGUAGCAAUAUUGCCGGUUUCAUUAAGGUUGCUGAGGCGAUGAGAGACCACGGAGACUGGUUCUAAGAUCACAACGCGUCGUCUUUUUUUUUUUUUUUCCCCUCUCUCUUUUGGCUUUUUGGCCCCCCCUCAAACCAU